UCCCUGCAGUUGGGCACCUGUGCACAGGUGUCUGCAACACUUUGGUGGGAGGCAGCUCUCCAGGGUCUGAGGUUCAUGGCUUCAGUCUCAAGGCUAGUGACUUAGCACUGCAAGACAUUCCUCUUUCACCGAGUCACAAGAUUACAGUAAACCGAGCCAGCGUUUAUUCUGUCCUCAGAAGACCUCAAGACAGCCUCUGAACUGCUUACCCACGCACCAUCUGCAGACACAGAGCUGUGUGUGCAGCCGCUGAGUAGCGGGGGGUCCAUCAGCGGUGCUUGCAGGGCAGGCGGGUCUCCCACCCCUCCGUCAGACCAAGUCUCCUCAGCAAGAGUGUCUUCAGGUGCAUUUUUAUCCGAGAAUGUUAAAUAACUGUCUCAGACACUCCAUGCUGCCUCAUCACGUGCAGAGGCUGGGCAGAGGCUGCAUCAGCUGGAAUGGUUCCCAGAUACUUGGCUGGAACAGUCCAGUUUCCAACUUCAUGAGAUGGGCCGGACACCAUCCCGGGGCCUCAUUUCCACUUCCUGUUCCAGCUAGUUUCUCAACAAACUGGAGGCUACCUCCAUUUUUUGGACCUUGGAGACAAUUUCAGAACUCCAAUUGGCAGCUUAGUAACUUAAUGCAGAGUUCUUGCUUUCGCCUACCUAAUACCAGUAUGAAAUCUGAGGGAGAAGAACCACUGACAAAGAAGAGAAGACUCAGUGGUGAGCAUGGUACUUCAGCUCAAGAAGAAACAAACAUCUCCAAUCAGAAGAAAGCUUGUCCUGCUGCAGAGCAGAAUGAAGAAAAGCAGAGCAGAACUGUCGAAAGACACUGGGAAUAUUUCUGUCAACACAGUGGAACAGUGAAAAUAUUUGAAAAUAAAAAAACUGACCAAAGCAGAACAGAAAGUGAGGCAAAAUUUGAUUUUACAGUCAUGUCCUACAAUAUCCUGUCACAGAAUUUGUUAGAAGAUAACUCCCAUCUGUACAACCACUGCAAGCAACAAUUGUUAAUCUGGACAUACAGAUUUCCCAACAUUCUGCAGGAAAUCAAAGAGCUGGAUGCUGAUGUACUCUGUUUACAAGAAGUCCAAGAGGACCACUAUAGAGGAGAGAUCAAGUCAAGUUUGGAAUCCCUGGGGUAUCACUGUGAGUACAAAAUGAGGACAGGGAGAAAACCUGAUGGCUGUGCUAUUUGCUUCAAAACUUCCAAAUUUAGCCUGAUCUCAUCAAACCCAGUGGAGUUUUUUCGUCAUGAUAUUCCACUCUUGGACAGGGACAACGUUGGACUGGUGUUGCUUUUGAGGCCUCUAUUUCACUCUAAAGCUAAUGCUGCAAUCUGCAUAGCCAAUACACAUCUGCUGUAUAACCCAAGGCGAGGGGACAUCAAACUGACCCAGCUUGCAAUGCUCCUGGCAGAGAUUGCAAGUGUCGCCCCUCAGAACGAUGGUACCUUCUGUCCAAUUAUCAUCUGUGGUGACUUCAAUUCUGUUCCUGAUUCUCCACUGUACAAAUUUAUAAAGGAAGGAAAGUUAAAUUAUGAAGGACUUGCUAUAGGGAAGGUCUCCGGACAAGAAGAGUCUCCAAGGGGACAAAGAAUCUUGUCUAUUCCAAUUUGGCCAAAAAAAUUGGGUAUUUCACAAAACUGUGUUUAUGAAAUAAAACAGCAACAAAAAGAAGAAAGUCCAGGAGAAAAACUGGAUGAAGCAAAACUGGACACUCAGGAGGCUGUAGUAGCAUCUGAAAAGUUGUCUUCGAAAUUGCAGCACCAUUUUAAAUUGUCUUCAGUCUAUUCUCAUUACUUUCCUGAAACUGGGAUACCAGAAGUGACAACUUGUCACUCCCGAAGUGCUGUCACUGUGGAUUAUAUUUUCUAUUCUGCAGCAAAUGGUGAUACUGCUGCCCAGCCAGGAACAGAUGAUUCUUUUCAUGGAGGUCUGAAACUUCUUGGCAGGCUGGGACUUUUAACAGAGAAGGAUCUUUGGACUGUUAAUGGUCUUCCCAAUGAAAAAAACUCUUCUGACCACCUGCCAUUGGUAGCAGAGUUCAGGCUUAUUGAACGGUAAUAAUCCAAAGGACUUUUUUGUGUAUGUAAAGUUACCUUUACCUUCUCUCUUCAUGUGAGUUUUUAUUUGGUUUUUUAAUGGUUAAUUCAAGCACUGCUGGUUCGGUUUAAAUAAGCUUGCAUGCUUGCCAAUAUGUUAGUGUUGUGUGAAAUAGACCUCCUGAAGAGACUUUUUUUAAGUGUUUACUUUAUGAAGUCUUCAAUGCAAAAGAAAAGAUUUUACAUUAGGUUCCUCUUUAUUAAUGGAAAACAUCUGUGCCAGUAUCAAAAUGGCAUUUUUCACAGAAAUGCUGCAAAUGUUUUUUAUUAUAAAUCAGUAAAACUGAUAAUUUUCUGAGAACUGUGUGUUUCUUCAAGUAAAGAAGAGUGAGAUUGUGUGCAUGACA